UCACAUUGUCACGUGACCGAUUUCAGUUUAUCACGUGGGAUAAGGGCAGAGUCUAGAACAGAUGGCGGGGUUCGUGUGACUUGUGACUUGUGUACUUUUUAUUUUGGAGUUUCUAGGUUAUAUUACUGUCAAGAAGUGCAUGAUUUGCCAAGUAUCUCGAUUAAUAUUAUAAUAUUCUCGACAUGUCAUCAACGGUGGCCUGUCAAAUUCUUGUGAAAAUAGGCAGGAGCAGAUUGAGUGGCUUGCCAUCGCGAAUUAUCGCCGCGAGGAAAUUCAGCAGCACCGCGGAAAGCGCGGAAUUCGCGAGGAGCAUUGCUCCGGCUCCGCAGCCGGGAAAAGUCCAAGCUGCGUUGCUGAAAGAGUUCUCUAGUCCUCUCGUAAUUGAGAAUUUGGAGCUACCUAAGAGGACACAGGAGACUGAAGUUCUUAUUGAUGUUCACUAUUGUGCCUUGAACAUUUCCGAUGCGCUUCUAAGUCAGAACUUGUAUACCUUUGAGCCAAAAUUACCGAUGAUUCUUGGUUAUGAAGUUGUCGGGAAGUUGAUAGAGGUUGGUGCAGAGGCAGAGAAAAAUGGUUAUAAGGUUGGCGAUAAGGUUAUCGCUCUUAACAAGGAAAGAUAUGGGGGUUUGGCUGAGAAGUGUGUGGCAGAAGUUGGGGAUAUAUGGAAGGUACCUUCUAUGAAAUCAGGCAGUUCUGUAGAUCUGGCAAGUACCUUAGACAGUUAUAUUACUGCUCUGGUUGCGUUAGAAAGAAAAGUUAGUCUUAACGAGGAAGAUAUGAUUCUGAUAAACGUUGGCAUAAGCGGUAUUGGUCUGGCAGCAGUGGAUCUUGCAACAAACGUCUUUAAAGCCAAGGUCAUUGGAGUUUGCGCUACGGAAGACUGGGCUAAUCGAACUCGAAAGAUGGGAGCAUUUGCGGCUCUUAAAUACAAAGAUAAGAAUCUAAUUAAACAGAUAGAGGGAAUCGCAGCUGAACGAGAUAUUAAAGCCGUCUUUGAGGACGAGGAUGGAACGCAUUUUAAGAAGAUAUUGAGCUGCUUUACCGACAUCUACAAAGACGCAACGUUAAAGGACUUGUUGCGCAAUGACAAUUUCGCCGUGGUGGUGCAUCACUUGUCUCGCGAAGGGCGCGUGAUCGUGGCUGGCACAGCAGCGACCAUGACGGGAGCUUCGGAGGCGCAGAAAGGUUCCUUUAGCGUCACCGGCUUUAAUUUGGCGGAAUACAAAAAGAAGAAGCCUGACGUUUAUCGCCAAGCGGGAGAUGACAUCCUACAAUUUCUCGAAGAAGGACUCAUUGCACCGUCUUACUCAUUGAUCGCCGGUAUGCACAAAGUUAAUGCCGCCUUGCAGUCUAUUUCCGAAAAUGCACUUCCAGGAAAAGUUGUCAUUGACAUGAGGGACAAGGAAGCAGAAAUAACAAAGGUGGUCACGUGAUCAGAUUUGCAUAAAUUUUUAAUGAGCAUUUUAUAAUGCGUUCUUCAUUUUCUGAUCCAUCUUAACAACGAAGAAAGCACGCUGGCGGUGCAUAUUCCUGAUAUUUAUAUUUACAUCUAUAAAAAAUAAAUAUUAUAUAAGUAGAAUGUAUUAAUAUAGCGUUAAGAUCAUUAAUAAAACUUUCUUUUGUAAAUUCUA